AUGGACAACUUCAACUUCACAGAAGAAGGAGGACUUCAGUACUUGGUGAAUAAAAUGGAGCCACUCUACAAGGAGUACAGGCCUCCUCCAAGGGACAUUAUCCAGCUACCAAAAUCUGUUCUCUACCUCCUUAUGGCGGCUGUGGUAGUGGUUGCUGUGGCUUAUGCUAUCGUGGGUCACCUCAUCAAAGAUCUCAUGCUGGAUAUAACAGGUACUCAAGUCUAUUACAGGCACAGCAUGCUGCCAGAGUGAAGGUUUAACAUCAUAACCCCUUAAUAAGGUUGCAGAAGUUUAAAAGUCAUGUGAUUUGUGCUGAAAGUAACAUCACUUUGAAUAUAGUUUAUGUGUUGAUCAAUAUAAAUAAACAUAAGGUGUAUUUGUAGUGUAGUUCUGGGACAGUUGCUUUUUCUGCUACAGCUACUCAAUUACACUGUGAAACAAUAAGAAUUUCUUACACAUAAAUGAGGAACAAAGUUAUGUUUUGGUGACAAACUCAAGAAGUAGCUGCAGUUUCAAGUCUGCAAAACUGUUAUUUGGGUAUAUCUUAAAUCCUGAAGAGAAUGUGAAGAAAAUAUUCUCAACAUCAGGUUUUAAUUGUGACAUAUAAGACAAAAUCUGUGAAGUUUGAGGUUCACAAAAAGUCUCAAAUAUUGCACUUGAUUAAAUUUGAAAUUGUUUUCUGCAUUAUAAUGUCAGGGAUCAAACCCUAAACCACAUGUAUUAUGAUGUCAGUGUACCAAAUAUUGUUUCAAAUAAUGUAUUAUACGAUGAAUAAUUUCCUUUGGCGAGUAAGCAAAGGGCAACAAGCAUUUGGCAAAAUUGGAAGAGGUGUAUUUGAGACAGCAGCCAAACUUAAUGAAAAAAAAUGUAAGCAUGCUAUUCCUUUUUUUCUUCUUCAGACUGUUUGCUGGGCCCCGUCGAGGAGGACAUGAAAAAAGAUGGAGAGGUAGAGGGAGUCAGCCCUCUGCAUUUACCACCUAACCUCUCCCACUCCCACCCAAAUGCCUUCCAUGUGUGGGACCAGGACGAUGUCAUCAUUCCCAUGUCCCCCCCAGAUGACAGCCCGCUAACCAGCCCUCUGAUUAACGUCAUCCCUUACAUACCUUCAUUUUUUCCCUCCGCUCUAAGCAUGAACAGCCCGUCCUACAUUCAGCCAAUCCCAAAGGAGGCUGACGCGUGA